GACGAAAGCAAACAGAGCAGGAGCACGAAUCCAACUCUCUCUCCAUCUCCCUCCUUUCUUUCUCGGCAAGGAAGGAAAAUCGACUUGCAAUUCCCAUUCGAUCAUUCAUCGCCUCGAUAAAAUUCAGUCCAGAUCAUUCAAUCGCGUCGUCGUCGCGGAGAAGAAGAGGGCCUCGGGGAGAUGGAUUUCGAGCUGAGGAGGGCGCGGGAGAAGCUGGAGAAGGAGCAGAAGGAGCGGAAAGCCCUGGCCAAGGCGAGGCUGGAGAGGGAGAGGAAGGCGAAGGGGGAGGCCAGGAAGCAGCGGGAGGCCAUCGAGGCGGUCCAGCGAUCCCGGAGGCUGGACGCUCUCGAAGCGCAGGAAAAGGUGGAGCAGCAAAUGAGUGAGAGUUUGCUGACUGGGAAAGGAAUUUCAUUCUACUGCCUGCUGGAGGCAGUGCCAUUUCAGGGCAGUGGCGAUAAGAUCAAAUUGCCUCCUUCCUGCUUCACUGAAUUGUCUGAUCAAGGUGCCUUUGAUAAGGGGCCUAUGUACUUUCGGCUGGCAGUGGUUCAACAGGGUAAUCCUGUGGAUAUGAAAACUGACAAUGAGGAGAAUGGGGCUUCCCAUUGUGGUGUGUUAGAGUUUACUGCAGAGGAAGGUUCUGUUGGACUUCCCCCUCAUGUAUGGAGUAACAUUUUCCAGUCAGAUUUGCCAGCGACUCCAUUGGUUGAAGUCCGUUAUGUCUGGCUCCCAAAAGGAACUUAUGCAAAACUUCAGCCUGAUGGGAUGGGCUUCUCCGACUUGCCCAAUCACAAGGCUAUUCUUGAAACAAGCCUGCGGCAGCAUGCGACUCUUUCUCAAAAUGAGAUUGUGACUGUAAAUUAUGGUGACGUUAUAUACAGGUUACGUGUACUUGAUUUGAAACCUGCUUCAAGUGUGUCAGUUUUAGAAACUGACAUUGAGGUUGAUAUAGUUGGCCCUGAUUCUAAUCUGGAGGGGACAGAUCAGCGCAGGCUCAUACCCCUGACACCAGGAAAGUCUGAGUCUGGAAUGGUUGACGAAGGCAACUAUGUUUAUUACAAGUUUUCCAUUGAAAAUGAUGUCUGGGAGAAGAUAUCUUCUCAAAAUGCCAUGGUGGAGGUGAAGAUAGAAGCAGAAACAGAUGAGGGAGACACUGAUCUUUACAUAUCCAGGCAUCCCCUUAUAUUCCCGAACCGACAUCAGCAUGAAUGGUCUUCACAUGAUGUGGGUUCAAAGACACUGAUUCUUAGCUUCAAGGAUAAGGGUCUUGGAGCAGGCACUUAUAGCGUUGGUGUCUAUGGCUUCAAGGGAACAAGUAAAUUCCUGGUAUCAGUUACUAUUAAUGAUAAUAUCCAGAGGACAGUGGGUCAACAGGCUGCAUCCUCAUCUUCACCUGCAGAGAUGGAUACUGUGGAGUGUAGAAACUGCAAGCGUUUCAUACCCAGUAGAACUGUAGCACUGCAUGAAGCAUAUUGCAGCAGACAUAACGUAGUUUGUCAGCAUGUGGGUUGUGGAAUAGUUCUAAGAGUUGAGGAGGCUAAGAACCAUGUGCAUUGUGACAAAUGUGGACAAGCGUUUCAGCAAGUAGAAAUGGAGAAGCAUAUGAAAGUGUUCCAUGAGCCAAUCCAAUGUCCUUGUGGAGUUAUCCUGGAAAAGGUGCAAAUGGUGGAGCACCAAACUUCAGUUUGCCCCUUACGCUUGAUCGCGUGUCGUUUCUGCGGGGACAUGGUCCAUGCAGGAGACACUGCAGCGGACCUGAGAGACAAAUUAAGAGGUCUGUGUGAGCAUGAGAGCAUCUGUGGAUCAAGAACUACCCCUUGUGAUUCAUGCGGCCGUUCUGUCAUGUUGAAGGACAUGGACAUACACCAAAUAGCCGUUCACCAAAAGAACUAGAUGAAGAACCUUCUCAAUCUUAUCUGAUCGCCACACUGUAUGAAUCGAUCUAUCUGGGUGUAUCAGCAUACUGCUUUCCCAGAAUUCCUGUGGUUGAGACUGGUGUGAGACGGUGAAUGUGUAUCAUGUGAGAAUGGUUGUGCCUGCAGUGUCGCUCUUUGUACUUGCAUGUGGUAUGCUGCUGCCUGGAAAUGCUUCUCUCGAAAAUUGCAGGGCCGUCUUCAUCCUGAUCAUUGGUGUAUAGUAUGUUUCCCGGGUCAUACGAGAAGGAUUACUCGGAGAGAUCUUAUCUAUUGUAUCUUCUUUCGAUUUCUCAUUGGUUUGGACCGACUGUGUGGAAGGCCUUCAAGUCUAAUUAUUAAAUCUUCUUGUUUAGUCUGAUCUUCAAA